GUUGUGCUGUUGUGUUGUCAUGUUUCAGACAGGCGCACUGCCGGAGCACUCAUGAAAAGUUAGUUUAAAUAGGUGUGAUCACACUCUUUUAGUCGUAAGGAUGCGAUACCAUUUGAAACCUGCUAGCUUCGGGACACUUGGCUGUCGGAUCUGAAGUUAGGAUCUUAAGAAACAUGACACAAAAGAGAAGUCUGGCUGGCUAACUCGAGAGACCAUCCUGUUUUUGGGAAUAGUUUUGUCAGCCCAAAAGCCUGUGGGUGUACGCCAUCUUCUCCAUAAGGGCCCAGGGCUCGUUUUUACACACUUAGAGACACUUUGAUCGCUUGGUGAAGCUUGCGGUCCGGGGAGACACGUUGUGAAGCAGCGGUAGGAUGUCGUGCAGAGGCGGAGCGCCUUGGCCAGGCAACCCUAGCUUACCCCUGAGAGCCACAGUACCAUUCCAGCUUCACAAGAGAGCACACCUCUCUAAAGACACCAAGACGGCCGACAGCCUAUUGAUUGUGUCCCACCCUCCAAGACCCUCCAUCCGCCGCACAGUGUCUCUGGACGCCAUCGUGGGCCCCUACAUGCAGGGCCAGUGGCCCAAGGACGCAGAGAGUCCCACCAUCACCUGCGCCCAUGACAAGGCCACACAGACCCCCAGUGCCUGGUCCGAAGACGCCCCUGCGAAGAGGCCCCUGGGGGGGCACAAGCGGUCGGCGUCCUGGGGCAGCGCGGAGCACCUGAGAGAGGUGGCCAAACUGAGGCAUCAGCUGCAGAAGCGCUCCCGUCAUGUUGCCCCCAGCGUGGGCUGCCAGCACCACCAGCACAACCACCCCCCUCUCGCCGGCCAGGCAGCGGGCAUCACACAGACCAUCCCGCUCAACAGGCUGGCCUCCAGGAUGCGUCGCAGCGUGGAAGGACUGAACCUGGAGCUGGAGGAGGUGUUUGUGUCUGAGAAGUCGGACGAGCAGAUCCUGGACAUCCCGGACGGGCACCGGGCGCCGGUCCCCGCCCUUCGGUGCAGCAGCGGGUCCCAGAGCGAGCCCUCCCCCACCCCCAUGGACCCCUCGCUGUCCCCGUCCCCCUCCCCCUGUGCCCUGGACCCCUCACUGCUCUCCCCCCAGCACUCCCCCUGUCCCAUCGACCCCUCCCUCCUGUCCCCGGCCCACUCCCCCGGCGCCCGGGCCAAGCCAGAUCCCGCAGAAGGCGAGAACCCCCGGCCCUCCGUGUCCACCUCCCCGCCGCCCCCGUUCGACCUGGACCUGACCCUACUGAAGCCCUCCUCGUCGCCCCACGUCUACAAGACCUACUCCUUCCAGAGGCAGCCCCCCGAGGGCUGCGAGCGAGUCCGCGCCUGCGACGAGGCCACGUCUGCGUCAACGGGGGAGCCCGUCGCACAAGCCAGCUGCCCCGACCCCAACAAGGUCAACUUCACCCCCCACGGUGGCUCUGCCUUCUGCCCCGUCAGCCUCCUCAAGCCCCUGCUGCCCUCCAUGGAUCUCCUCUUCCGGGGCCUGACGGUGUCCCCCGUCUCCGGCUGCCCCGGUCCGGUCGCCUCGCCCACCACCACGCAGCUGGGUCUGCAGUAGGGCUGCCACCGGAGACCGCCCGCCCGCCCGCCCGCCCCUCUCGCGUCUGGGCCCCUUACACGGUCCCCCUGGCCGGUGGGAGGACGACGAGCAGGAAGCGAAGACCCCGAAUGCUUCUUUUAUAUUAUUUUUAUUUCAACACACCCGCGUGUGUCCAUCAGUCGUCGUCACGCCGCGAUCGCUCCGACCGCCGUGUGCACGAUGACCUGCGACAAAAAUCAUUUUCUAAAGUUGUGCGUCAGUUCCACUUAGUUCGUAGAUCUAGUGUUAAGUGUCCAAGGACAUUAUUACCUCAGUUGUGUUUUUUGUUAUUUUUUUAUCUGGCUGCUUGGUUCUUUGAGACGCCUUUCGUUGGAUCGUUACUGGUGUGAUCCCAGUAUCCCCCCCCCCCCCCCCCCAAACUAAUGGUCAUGAGACUCGUGGAUGAAGUCCUUCUGUCCAGGAGGAGAUGAAGAAGAGUGCUUGUUUCAUAUUACUGCAUUUCUUACAAGGGGGUUUCUUUGUAACAGAAGAAAAUAAAACAAGAGUAUUGCAAUAUCAUUUCGCUAGAUGUAAAAAAAGGAAACAGCAUUCUGAUAAUGCCUCUUUUUAAUAUUGUUUUUGCUGCAUAUUAGGUAAGAUUAAACACAAUACCUAAAGCACUUAAAGAACGUACAAUAACUAUCUUCACAUGGUAUGUUCAGACACAAUUGAUAAAGUAUGUUUCGAUGCCCUCACCGUUGAGUGACGGGUAUAAUUACUUGAUGCAUUUAUUGUACUUUCAAAGAAGCUGUUUUUAUUGACGUCGUUUGUUUCUCUUGUUUCUUUGUUUUUUUUAAACAAUUUCUCUGAAGCUAAGGAAGCUGGUUGGGCCUAUUUUGUACUCGGAUAACAAGGAGGCUCUUUAGUUACUGGGUUCUGUUCUGUGUUCACCCUUUCAUUGUUUCUAGUUGUCUCUUGGCAGAGUUGUACAUUUCAAGGCAAACCGGCUAUGGCUUCUUUACAGUGGCCUGCGCAAGAUUGUAUUUGCCGAUCCAUAUUAACUAGCUUAUAGGAAUGCAAUGAUAUUGUGUUUGGAUUAGCCACUUAAAUCGUCAGUGCCACCUAGCAUCGGUUUUUCUAUCACAGGUGCAUUAGUUCCACAUGUUUGCUGGUAGUCUUGUUCGAAUUCCGCAUUUAAGUGCUAUGUGAGUACCGUUGAUCAUAUCGAUAAUGACUGUUGUCUUCAGUUUAAUCCUAUGCAACACUUUCUUUGAACACGUUUUCAAACAAUGCCAAUAUUCGAGCAGCUGUACAAUGAAAAUGUGUCAUUUGUUAAUCUUUGUUUUUUCUGAAGGAAGGAUGGUUAUUCAUAUUAAUAUGAAUUUGUUUUCAUUGUUACAUUAUUCUUCAAAUAAAACCAAAAAUGAGUUAUUGAUUCUAAAAUUUGUCAGAAAAGUGUGAUGGCCAAUCGAUACAGCUGCUCGUCAUUGUUGUCAUCCUGUACCUGACACGUGUAUUUUGUAUUUGUUUGUGAUGCUCCGCCCUCCUUUACACUCCAGGCUCUCUGAUUGGCCAGAAACGGUUAUCUUUUGUCGUAUUUGGACCAGUGACAUUUCUCCACAUUUUAAGCCCACGCAACGUUCUAACGUGGGGCCAUCAAACGAGCUUAUAGUAGCCUUUACACUGCCGUUUCAUAUAACCAAAGCACAACAUUAUUUAAUCCCAAUUACCAACACCUUUCCGUCCAGUUUGUCUAGAGAACAAGGGAUGUGUAAGUGUAACUAUUGUAUAUAAUAAAAUAUAGACCCAGUCUCCGGUUUUAACUGUCACUCGGGCCAGGCCC